AUGCCGGCGGCGCGGGGGGCUGCGCGGCGCUGCGCCCUGCCGGGGCCGCUGCUGCCGGGGCCGCCGCCGCCGCUGCUGCUGAUGGUGCUGCUAGUGCUGCCGGCCGCGGGGGCCGAGGGCAAGGCGCGGAGCUGCGGCGAGGUGCGGCAGGCGUACAGCGCCAAGGGCUUCAGCCUGGCCAGCGUGCCCUACCAGGAGAUCGCAGGGGAGCAUUUGAGAAUCUGUCCUCAGGAAUAUACAUGCUGCACCUCAGAAAUGGAGGACAAGUUAAGCCAACAGAGCAAACUGGAGUUUGAAAACUUAGUGGAGGAGACAAGUCACUUCGUACGCACCACUUUUGUAUCCCGGCACAAGAAGUUUGACGAGUUUUUCCGAGAACUUCUGGAGAAUGCAGAAAGAUCCUUAAAUGACAUGUUUGUUCGGACGUACGGCAUGCUGUACAUGCAAAACUCUGAGGUUUUCCAGGACCUCUUCACAGAGCUGAAGCGGUAUUACACAGGAGGCAAUGUGAACUUGGAGGAAAUGCUGAAUGAUUUCUGGGCUCGGCUGCUGGAGCGGAUGUUCCAGCUCAUAAACCCCCAGUACCACUUCAGUGAGGACUACCUGGAGUGUGUAAGCAAGUACACAGACCAGCUGAAGCCAUUUGGAGAUGUACCCAGGAAGCUGAAGGUUCAAGUGACUAGAGCGUUCAUUGCUGCACGGACCUUUGUUCAGGGGCUGACAGUAGGCAGAGAGGUUGCGAACAGAGUAUCCAAGGUCAGUCCCACCCCAGGGUGCAUCCGGGCGUUAAUGAAGAUGUUGUACUGCCCUUACUGCAGAGGACUUCCCACUGUGAAACCUUGCAACAACUAUUGCCUCAAUGUAAUGAAGGGCUGCCUAGCAAAUCAGGCUGAUUUGGAUACUGAGUGGAAUCUGUUCAUAGAUGCUAUGCUUCUGGUAGCGGAGAGAUUAGAGGGACCAUUCAACAUUGAAUCAGUCAUGGAUCCUAUUGAUGUCAAGAUUUCUGAAGCCAUCAUGAACAUGCAAGAGAACAGCAUGCAGGUGUCAGCAAAGAUUUUCCAAGGAUGUGGCCAGCCUAAACCAGCACCUGCUCUGAGAUCUUCCCGUUCUGUACCUGAAAACUUCAAUACCCGGUUUAGACCAUAUAACCCAGAGGAGCGACCUACAACUGCUGCUGGCACAAGUUUGGAUAGGCUGAGGACUAUCUGGAGGACAAUGCAACAUGGUGUAACAGAUAUUAAAGAAAAGCUAAAGCUCUCUAAAAAGUUCUGGUCAACAUUACCCUACACAAUCUGCAAGGAUGAGCGAGUGACAGCCGGUCCGUCAGUCGAGGAGGAAUGCUGGAAUGGCCACACCAAGGCAAGAUACUUGCCUGAGAUUAUGAAUGAUGGGUUGACCAACCAGAUCAACAAUCCAGAAGUAGAUGUGGACAUCACAAGGCCAGACACCUUCAUUCGACAACAAAUCAUGGCCUUACGUGUCAUGACUAACAAACUGAAGAACGCAUAUAAUGGGAAUGAUGUCAACUUCCAGGACACAAGUGAUGAAACCAGCGGCUCAGGCAGUGGAAGUGGCUGUACAGAUGACAUCUGUCCCACCGAGUUUGAUUUCAUCACCACUGAAGCACCACCUGUCGACUCAGACAGGAGGGAGGUGGAGGCUUCAGCCACACAGCCUGGCUGGUCACUGCAGACGUUGCUUGUCAUCUUCAUCAGUCUCGUACUGCAGAGACAGUGGAGAUAAUCCUGGAUCUUGUGGGUGAAACUGUGUUUUAGCUACAGAAACAGCCAACUUUCUUCUUUUCUUAUACUCUUGGACAAUGGACCACGCCACAAACACUUGCAGUUUUCUACAAGAGAGCAGUACUGCAACCUGCUUCCCAUUUUAGUUUUCCCAAAGAGUACCAGGUACCAGACUGAACUGCUUCCUGCUUUUUUCAGAUAUCUCUGAAGACGAUAUCCACUCUUGAGAGAAUUCUUUCUCAAACCUUUAUUACAGGAGACUUUCUGAGCUUCAUUUCCUUUUAUGCUGCAAAAGGGAAAAAGGAUCUUACGGUGUGUGUUUUUCCCCCAUCAGAGAAAAAAGAGGGGGGAAGAAACUAAGAAAACAGUUUUCUUUCUGAAUCAGGCCUGAUUCAAGGCUGCUGCAUUUCAACAGAAUAUCAAUGAAACAAAAAAAAAAAAAAAAACACAAGAAGGGAACAAAAAAAUGCAACCAUUCUUCGCUGACAGCCAGGUUUCCUUAGGAACUUCUGUAGGAUGAUUCAGGUCAUCAGAAUGAUCAUUGUUAUAGGGAGGAAGGCUGGAUUUUUUUUCCAACACAAAAGUAUGUCUCAACAGUGAAUGUCUUGCACUCCAUGUGCCAACCACAUCAGAUUGGUAUGAAGGCAGUGAUGCUGAAAAAUAAGUUUACCUUUUAGUAUGGUAGUAGCUCCACUAGCUUCAGAAUAUCAUGUUACAGUUGUUUAGUAUUUAAAUCUUAAUGCCCAGUAAAAAUAUGAGUACUAGCACAGUUUCUUUUAGGAUUUAUCCAUGUUAUGCAAUUGGCACAGUUUUCCACUUAGCUCACCGCUGUGAGCUCAUCAGCCAUGACGGUAAUAUAAACAACGCUCUUGACCCCUCAAGGGUUCGGACAGAAAAUAAUCUCUUGUGAUAGAAUCUUUUUCCUUUUGUUACUGUUCUGACAUCGAUUAGAACUUUCUGCUACUAUGUUCAUUAUCCUACCAAAAUGGCAAUUCUCUAAUGGACUAACAGCAACUGGAUCAAUAGUGUGUUUCACACCUAACUACAUCUUUCAUAUCAGUUAAUUUGAGUAUCACAAGGAUUUUGUCUACAAAAUCUCAGAACAAACAAAUAUAUAGUACUGACAUGGAGAUUUCUUUCACUUUUUUAGUCUUAGUAUGAUCAUCUAUUUUUAUAUAUAUAAAUAUAUAUAAAUCACAGAUUUUAACUUCUUAAUUACAAGCUCAGGGUUGACGCUUCUUUGUAAGAAAAAAAACUUUUGGUCAACCAGCUCUUCUUUUUUUUGUGCUGCUCUGGAAAGUAGCCCUUUAAUGACUGGUAAGCAUGAAAAUCAAAGAAGAGAAUUUUUUACGUAUCCAGUUGUCCAUUUCUUAACAAGUUUGCAGGAUGAGGGAGAAAACCUCUCUCAUAUGUAUGCAUUUGUGGGGGGCAUGUGAGUUUGUAUGAUAGGCCUAGAGAAGGACUAGGAAGUUAAUUGUGAUGGCAAUUGUACUCUCAGAUUCUUCAAGCAUACCUUGCUUUAAUAAUCAUUACCUAAAUGACCAUGGUCCUGGAUAGAGUUUUUUGCGUCUGGUCAUAAGACCCAAGGUGGAAGCUGUUUCAAUCCUGGUCAAAUGAGUGUCAACAAUUAGACAUCAAAAUCUUCCUUCUUCCAUCAGCCGCAGACAACGGACUUCUGGGGCAAUGCUGUGUGGUGUUGAAAUGAUUUGUCAGAAAUUUAUUUCCUGAUUCUUAUGUUGACUCUGGAAAUGGUAUAGACAAAUUGUAGUAACACUGUAAAUCCAGCCAACCACAUUACAAUUUAGCAGCAGAGCAGGUAGAUCUUAUCCAUUGCAAUCACUUUUUCUUGUCAAAUUAUAAUUAGCUAUCGAUUUAGGCAUGAAAUUAAAAUAGAAACACACAGCACGUUAGGAUAAAGUAUACUUAAGCACUUUUACCAGAAAGUAUUUACAAACUAUUUAUAUAAUAUGUCUAAUAACAAAAAGCAUAGGUUUUGAGCCACUUGUAUUCCAUACUUUUUCUUUUUCCUGUUUAUUUGUUUGCUUGCUUCAGAGUAUAACGAUAGCAUCAUAGAAUGAUAGAACCAUAGAAUCAUUUGGGUUGGAAGAGACUUUAAAUAUCAUCUAGUUCCAAUCCCCCUGCUAUGGGCAGGCAUGCCAUUCACUAGAUAAGGCUGUUUAGGGCCCCAUCCAACCUGGCCCUGACAGGUGGUCUGUUCCUCUGGGCCCAGAUUAGUGUGCAUGAGUCACUGUCUAAGUGUUCAGAUCACACAAGUCUUACACCAGCCAUAGCAAUGUGUCCCACUUCUCCAAGGGUUCCCCCUGGAGCAGGUCUUGUCAUUCAGUAUUUACUGUUUCUAGGAAGUUUAAGCCAAUUCUUAUUGGCUUUUUUCUUUUGCCCUGGCACAGCAGGUACCAAGCACAGGGUCUUUGUUUUUAAUUUUUUUCCUAAACUUGCACAUGCAUCAUUUUACAGAGAGAACUCUUUAAAAAUCUCCCCUGGUCCAUCUCUUUCUACCCAUCUCCACAUCCCUUCUACCCAUCUCCACAUCCUUUCUACGCUUCUCUUUAGCAACUUUGUUUCAGGAGAAGCUGAGUGUGAUUUUGACUUCUCCCACUGUGUGUUUAUUCAGUGGUAACUGAUACUAUUAUUCUCCAUCUGGAAGCUUAUCAACCGGCAACAAAGUCCAAGGCCUCUAAGGCAAGUCCUCUGUUGUACCUGCUCCACACUGCUAGUAAAGGAGCUGAUGGACUCAUCAGGUCUUUAUGUUGGCCUCAGCCCACACGUAGUGAUCUGGUGACUAUUUUCAGCUGGUGCAACCAAGGUGAGUGUCCAGGGUGUUCUCAACUGUUUGUAGACCUCCACGGACUUUUGGACAAGGAGGAAGAGGGAUCCCUAAGAACUAGGAUGUGUGCUAAAGGCUGUUCUCACUCGGGGAGCUUGCAGCAGGGACCCUCCUCUUCUUGGACUGGAUCUUACAAACUGCUGCUCAAAAAACAAACCAGCCUAAUCUUUGUCAAAAUGUAAUUGUAUCGAGGGAGUUCUGCCAGAAAUUUAUGUCUUCCAUAAUAUUAUUUCUCCUCUUAUUUUCCUACUAUGCAUGGUGAUAUCUUGUCAGGAGAUGGAGAUGCCUUUUCGUGAGGUAUUGUGCAUACAUUUCUUUAAUAGUCCCUAAAGGUUAAAUACUCUGUUCCUACAUUGCAUUUUUCUGAGAUUAAGAGAGCUAUUACAUCUGCAGAGGAAAUUAAUUUGGGAAUGAAAGAAAGAAAAGAAAGAGCAUUCGUGUUCAUAAAUAUGAGACUCUACAUAAUUUCCAAUGUUCCUAUUUGCACAUCCUUUGCAUCCAAUAACUCUUCUAAUAAGGUAAUUUUUUGGUGUGCCACAAUUUAAAUUUCUCUUCUGUUAGCAGCCAACAAAGUAAGAAAUUAUAAAGAAGACAAUUACCUGUUCAAGAAAGUGGAGCUAAGUCCUAAGGAAAAGUCCUUUGGUUGUGUAAACCAUCUAUUCCGCACAAUCCAGAAAUUCUUGACAUUUCGUGUUCUUUUAAAGUGGAGACUAAUAAAAAAUUAGAUGCAAUUACUUACAUAACCAGUGCUUCAGAGCCCUGUGAGGUUUUUCUUUUCAAUAUUAACUGAAUUGCUUUGGCACCAACCCCAAAUUUUUAACGUUUAUUGUAUUGCAGAUUUUUGUACUGAUAACUCAGUACAUAGUAUUAUAACUGCAGUGCAGAAUUCCUGAACUCUGGCCAAACUUAGACAUUCCAAAAGAGACAAUCAGAAGAAAAAAAUUGAAAAAAGGGGGUAGAGAUUUCCAGCGAAAGAGUAAAAGGACAGGAACCUGUGCCUCGGUGUUCUGGUAAGGGUUGAUCUAUCGCAAUACCCUAAGAGAUAUCACAGAACUCUGUCCAUGGAAAACUCCCAAAACCUGAACGUCAGACACAAAAAUCAUCCCAGUUGUGUGGGAUUUUUAUGAAGGAUUAUUCCCACAGAUGUACAAACCAGUUUCACCUGCUUCCAUGCAAAAUGUCUUUACUGUGCGAGUAGCAGCACACUGGGACAGAUUGCCCAGAGAGGUUGUGGAAUCUCCCUCACAGGAGAUAUUCAAGAACCAUCUGGAUGCAAUCCUGUGCAAUGUGCCCUGGGAUGACCCUGACUGAGUAGGGAGGUUGGAGCAGGUGAUCCACUGUGGUCACUUCCAACCUCACCCAUUCUGUGAUUCUGUGAUUCUGUGAGCUGGAGCUGUUCUUGGGAGCUGGACUACACGUGCAGUGUCUCAGUAGGCAGCAGUUGCCUUCAAUUUACUGACUCUGAAUCAUUAUCAAAUGUAACUAUACUUAUUCACUGAGACAUUUAUUACUUCAACGUGAAAAAUAAAUUACAGCACUGAUGCAAGUUGUGUUUUUUGUUUUUAAUUUGCUUCCAAAGGUAACCCAUUAAAACUGAACACAGAAAAUUUUAGAAUGAUUAUGCAUGUUUCAACAGAUUUCAUUUUGGAUAUUAAGAAGAAAUCCUCAUUUCAAAGACCACAAAAUGAUAUUUACUGUAUUAACCUGCAAAUGUUCAAAGCUACUAAAGGAGAAUGAAUAGAGUUAACAACAGUGGAAUAUUACAUAAAAUUGCAAAAGCCAUAAUUUUAAUGGGAAAUUCAGCAAUCAAAGGCUAAAUCUUAGCAUCAGGACUGAGAUUAUGUUGUCAGAACACAAUAGACUCAGUAAUGCCUACUUUCAAGAAAGUUAGGACAGGUGAUGUACUUAAUAUGGCAAUGUUUUCAUUACAGCUACUCAGAGGGACUGUGAGGAUCAUAUUGACAUGUGUAAUUAUGAUCAUUUUUUUGAUAAAACAAUGAUAAAGACCAGAGUACCUUGGUAACAGGGUACAUGAAAGAUAAAUGUUAUGAUAGUAAGCAUUGUCUAAUCUGUUAAACAGUAUAGGAAAUGUAAUGGAAAUCAAUGAAAUUGAUUUCUGGAAGUUUCAAUGUAAUUGAAGCUAAUUUUUAAAGUAAAAUUCUAGCACCUGACAGGAGUGAUGGUCUCAGAUUAGUUUAGUCAGAACAUUUUUCAACUGUUUAUCAUAUUCAAAUCUGCUGACCAAAAUAACCAAUCAAUCACUUGAGGGUAAUUUGACAACAUAACAGGAAAUGUUUGUUUACAGUACUUACUUACUUUUUCUACUAAACUGAUUGUGCAUCAUAUGUGAUCAUAUAACAAACGUGUGCAUUUCACCUGUGUGAAGUCCUGUCACCAUGACAAUGCAAAUGAGAGCUUUGUCAUUAACAAGGAUUUUGACUAUAAUCAGGGAGAAAAAAGAAAGUCUCUUUUUUUCUGGAAGCUGUUCAUAUUUGGUUUCUUUCUGACUCUCAAUAAAAAAACAACAUUGUCCAUAAAAAAGUGACAUUACCAUCAUCACCUGUAAGCUUCCAAAGUUUACUCUGAAAGAGUUGCAAUCUUUCUGCCUGGCUUCCCCACAGCCAAGGUCUCUGGACUGUCCAGAAGUUGAAGAAAGUCGUGUAUGGUUGUCUAUGACUUGAAGUCUACACAAUUAAAUCAAACCAUUUAAAGAAAAUGGGUCAGUAUUUCAAUCAUCUCUCAUUUCACCUUUAUUUUUAAUUAUGCAGCAUUGAUAAUUAACAGUGUAACACACAUGAAAGGUUUUUGUAACACGCUGUGCUAAAAAAAACCUUCUUCCUUUUCCUCCUUUUUUCUGGCACCAGAAAAAUCUGUGAGGCUUCAUACUUAUAGCAGUAAGGCAGCAUCUGGUGUGUAGUUUGUUUAUUAAAUUCAGAACAGCUGCAUUACUAAGAGGAGUUGUCUUUUUCUUGAGAGGGAACAGGGAAUGGGAGUGUCCAUUUGUCAUUAGCAAAAAAGAGGUACAGAAUGGCAAAUAUUUAUUUUAGAUAUAGUAGGGGUCCAUCCAUCCAUCAGCAUUUCUGAAGACAUUUUAAAGCCAAAUUUCCACAGAAUACAAACCUACUCCCACUAAAAUAUAAAUCAAUAUGAUUUUUUUUCCCUGAAAAAAUACAGAUUAUAUGGCUUACAGUUCCAAGCAUAAGUGAAGUUGGAAAGAAAUUUGCCUUCUCCAAAGUGGGAUGCCAGCCAUUUAGACAGCUCUGCUGCUUUCAGCUCCUGGAGCUGCUUUUGUACCUCUCCUGAGCUCCCAUGCAGACCACCCAAAGAAAGGAGCCUCCUGGGUAUGCAGGUUGUCCCUGUGGAUGAUGAAGCUUGUUUUUCCAAGAGAGUUAGAAAGAUAAUUGAGGAGUGAGUCAGGGAAGCAGUGACUUCACAGUGAGGCCCAGUAGAUAUAUAUGACUGUGGUGAAUUAACAGUAAAAUCAGGUGAGGUACAGCUGGUACUCCUCACAUGUGUCCAGCUCUUCCUUUCAACCUACUGCCUAUGAAUUUUCAGUGUAAUCUAAUUAUAACCAUCUACUGAUGGACAUAGCAAAGGCACAAAUAUUGCUUCACAAGUCAGUGGUGUUCUGGUAGUCUGCUGCAAAGUUUCUCUUCUCAGUUUCCUGGUAGAUGUCUCAUUCUCUGUCUUUCGGAGUGUGAGGAAGAGUUUACUACCUUAGACAGAUUUUUGUGUGACAAUAAUACUUUUUUCCUUUUUAAAAAAGUGUUAUUUAAGCACGAAAGUUGUUCACAUCUGUCAUAAAGAUUUCUCAAUUUCACUAUGCAUCUAGUGAGUUUUCUUCUCAAGCCUGAAGACGACAGUCUCAGGGGCUUUGGAAAAAGCCCAAACUCCAUUAGUCCUCUAAGUUUCUUAGAGGUCUCUCAUGUUCCACUAAAUACUCCAAACACCAGCUUACAGGUGGACUGUGCUCCUUCUUCUCCCUCCUCUCCUCACUCCUCACCUCAAAGUAUCAUCCUGGGCUUGAAAAAUCUUUCAAAAUGAAUGUUUCAUCUAAGCUAGUACCUUAAAAGACAAAAAAAUCCUUUUUGUCAUGUCUGUGUUUCCUAAUGUCAAAUAUUUCUAACUAAAGCUCCCUGUGUGCCACACAUCCUAUCUGUCUUUGAGUCACCAGUGUCACUGUGACAAUUUUCUACUCCAGGCUGAACUGUCUUUUCAAUCAUUUUAACUCACUGGAUUUUCUAUCUCCCUUCGCUAGAUUUCUGUGCCUUUGCUAACACUUAAAGCUUCUAUUUUCAGAUAGAGGAGAGGAUGUAGCAAAAAAGAAGUUUGGUUCACUUACUUUGGGGUAUUUUUUUCAGGCUUUGCCAGAUCCCACCUUUAGCUUUUAUUCUUUACUCUAAACAUGCUCUGCUGGGUGUACGUUCUUGAUUAUCUGACAUAAAUCCUGAUGACUCCUUUUUCAAUAUAGUGUAUAGUUAGAACUUAUGGACUAGGUAUUGGGGCAUUCAUUCUGUUGUGGCAAAAUUCUGUUUCUUCCUUAUAACUGUAGCAGACAGUUUCCAUUUUGUUGUCUGCCAUGCUGAUAAGCCAGCAAGGCCAAUGGCAAAGAACUUGUGGAUUUUCUGUAGCAAGAUUAACUUAAUGGGCAACAACUUCAGGAAACAAUCCAUAUCACUUCUGUAAUUGAUUAUUUUGAGGACUGGUGUUGGGUAUUUUUUAUUUCCUUUUAUUUUAUUUUAACAUUCUGUGCUUCAUUUGAUUUACUUUACACAUUGGCUAUGUGUGUAUUAUGUUGUACACAUGUAAUAUAACUACGGAUUAACAGUUUCAGUCUUUAGAUAACACAGAAGAAUUUUAAGUAGUUGGUCAAUCUUAGUUUGUUUCUAAGAGCUACAGAGUGAUGAUCAGUCUUAAAAAUCUGCCCAAAUAGAAAUCCAAGGACUUCAGAUUUCAUCUUUGUGCUAUUAGUUGAGUUUGAGGCUCCAAGAAUAUUUUGUAAAUAAUUUGUGAAUAUGUGCGUAUACUUGAGGGGAGAGAAAGGAGCAUUUGCAUCUCAGAAAUCUUCUGAAGCUUCUUUUCAACUUCUGCCUAAUCUGAAUACAAAUUUACAAAUGAGCAAUUUGCAUUCAGAUGUUCAGGACUGUCAAACUAUAUCAAUUGAUGGACAUUUAUAUACCAACUCCUCCCAGGUUACUUUGUUUUGCUGAGGAGCAAUAUCAUUUAAUGUCCUCUAGCAAUUUUGUUAUAUUUAUCAAAUUCAAAGAAAGGGUGUUGUUUAAGUAGGUCAGAUGUCUUAAUUUAGGUGCCAAUUGACAUUUAUACUUGCUUGUAAAACUUUUAUGGCUCCAGAUGUAUGAACAUUGCUUGAAAGCAUGCAAAUUAUUAGCUCCAGUUUUUAUGCUAUAUUUCUAGAUAAUAUUUAUCAUAGUUAAAUGUGAAUUUAUAGGGAUGAUAUUUUAAUGCAAGUCAAGUUUAGAAUAAUUCGUUUUAGACAGAAAUAGGUUUGGGUAGAAAAAAUCUCAUUGAACAUUAAACCUGCUUUUCUACUGAUCCAAUUCUAACAUUUCAGCUUAAUCUGAUAUCAAAAAGAACGAAAACCUACAGAUCCCGUUUACAGAUCAUACCUGGAACUAAAUGAUAGUUUCAAUUUUGGGAGAGUUCCAAUCAAAAUGAAAGUUAGAGAAAAAUCCCAAGUUAUCCCAGCUCUAAGUACUAACUAUAAUGAUACAGUAUUUAGCAGCAUAUGUCAGUGUGUGUAUAUAUAUAGCAGUGUAGCAAGGCAGAGUUUGAACUUUUACAGAAAAGAUUCUUUAUGACUUUGUAACUUCAGAGAAGUAAUGUACCAGGACAGAAAUAGAAAAAUAUAUACAAUCAUUUUGAUACAUUUGUGAAAUAAGUUUCACAGAACCUCAUAUUUUUUGUGCAAAAUGCCUUAAAUGACUUUCUGUAGGGCUAAUGCAAUUGAAUUUGUUUCUGUAUAUAGCCUUUUAUAGUAAUUACUUCAGAUGUAACGCUAGGCUUUUCUUUCCACUGCAAUCAUAUACAGCCUUACGAGUACUAGCAACAACAGACAAUGAAAGCUCUGCUUUAUUAGCUGUGAAUGCACUUUUGGUCCACUUGUAGACUGAGAGUUUGGAAGCAAGAAGUGGUGACAGUGCCAAGAGUGCCAAGACCUUCAUGAUGGGCAAUACCUGCAUUCUCUCAGGCUCGAAAUCCUUUCCCACCAACUCAUUUUCCUCUCACGCAAUCUGUCUUUAUGAAAACCGGCUGUGACUUAGGGCCUCAGGUCAUCCCACCAAGCACUAGGCACUUCAGGGAGCACAUCACCUUUCUAGAUCUCUACAGUUAGUCACAAGAUAUGGGCACCUGUGAAGAGGCUUACCUCUCUUCCCAUCACAGCCUGGGAUGACAAGGUUUGUCAUGUAAAAAUCUCACUUAAGUGCCUGGAGGUAGAUGCCACUGGUGAGAUAAGGGAUCCAGCCUUCACCCAGACUCUCUCCUGUCCUUCUCUUUGUUGGCCCAAUGGUGCCUCUUCAUGCCAGAGCUGGAGUCAGGAGCCUGGAGAAAGGUCUCAUCUGGGGAAGUCACAGUACAAUGACUUUGUUUCUGGACAAAUCAAUCCUGAUGUAACUAGACACACAACCAACAUGCAUUCGUUGUUCUGAAUGCUGCCCAAUGUUGUUACCUUUGCAUUCUUCCUUAUAAGUCAUUUGAACCAGUCAAAUAUCCUAGUUUCCAGCAGAAAAGGCGACUUCCUUCAAUAUGCAUAUGCACAAGGGAUGGAGCUUGUUUCCAAGACAAGUCUUUUCUGAAAUCCCAGAUGUCUUUCCAAGGCUGGUGAAAGCAGUGCACAGGGCUGAAGCUAGCUCAGAGAGUUAGCGAGGAUUAUGAUGCACAUAGCUGAAGGACAGAAAGCAAAUUACUACAAGUUCCUCCUCAAGAGUGAGGAACUGCGAUAAAGAUACCCUUUGGGCUUAAUCAUUAAUGCACUUAGUCAUUUGUCAGUCUCAGCCCUUACUGCAUCAAUGAAAGGAAAAUACACAUCUAAGAGGUCAGUAGAGAGAGUAAGGUUAAUAUAUACAGAUUAAUGCUGACAAACUGCUAACAGGCCUCCUGAAAAAUAACUUAUUGUUAUGACAGAAAUAACUUGUUAAAAGCUGAAAAAUAAUUAAAUGCAGCUUCUUCUGUAUCCCCCUCCAUCUCUUGGGUCUCCAUAAUGAGGAAAUCCUUUUUCAUUCCCCAUAAUGAGGAAAUACUUUUUCAUUCCCCAACAUACUUUUUGGGAGAUUGGUACUUGAAAUGUGGCAGAAACCAAAAGCCCUAGCUAUAAAGCACCCAUUCAGUGUCCAGUUUUCUGGGUCUCCUGCUCUUCCACUUUGUUUUCCUUUUUGCUUUUCUAAGAAUGGCACAUGCACACAGUAUAUGUCAGAAUGCAUCUCUCUGCCUGCAUGCACAUUUAUUUACACAUAUACAAAUAUAUAUAUAUAUAUAUCUCUAUAAAUACAGUCACAAACCAGUAAAUUUGAAGUGCAUAUGCUAUAAAAAAUAUUGGAAAGGCUCCAUGUGCCACAAUACUUGACACAUAAGCAAUGAGAAGAGUCUUAGGCAGGGACUUGUGCUUUAGAGAUGAUUAUACUUUGUGUCUCCAUAAAUGUUGUUGAAAUUUUCUGAAAUAUCUGUAAAAGGGUGAAUCUGCAGAACUUAAUUUGGCAACAUCUGCUGGUACUGGUAAGGAAAACAAAAAAAAAAGACAACUAUCCAGAUAAAACCAGCAAUGCAUACAGUAUCUCAUUCGUGGUAUUUUGGGGCUUUACUGAUAUGAAUGUCAUUAUUUUUUGGGUUUUAUUUGAACUUUAAAAAACAUGUAGAAGCUCACCAAGCUUUCAGAACACCUACCUCCUUCCUUUCAGACUACAAAUAUUGCUAAAUUAUGACUUUUCUAUAUUUAUGAAAGUAUGUUCCUUAAAAAUUAAUUGGGUAAAAUACAGAUGAUCAAAACCAUCAUCCUAGUUGGUGAGGGUUUUUUUAAAAAAUGGAAAUUCAUAAUGCAUGGAAAUUGGCUCUUACUUCUAAUGGUAUCACAUGACUCCCCCUUAAAUGAAUUACAGAUUUAUAAUCAUACUGCUACUGUCCAUCACUUAAGAAUGACAUGACUCAACAAUACCUGACGGAUUACCGCCACAGCCACGGGGUCUUUUUCAUUUCUUUCUUCUCCAUACACUUUCCUCCAGAAACUUUUGAUUAGUAGAAAUGCAUUCAGAUUUCCCCGUGGAUAAAAAGAAGGGAAGUGUUUGACAUUUUCAAGACAAUCUCAGACAGUACUGCUCGGCCCAUUGCUUUUCCAUUUCCCCCUGAGUCUUUAUGAAAUCCAGCGCAAAACAGUCAAUGUGAUUUUCACAAAGCAGUGAUCAGUAAUGUAAAUACCAUUUCUUGCUUCAAGACUUAUAAUGAAUUCUGUGUUUCUUAAGCUUGUUUCUUUCACAGUUUGUCAUGUCAAGGAUGUUAAAGAGGAUAUUUGGAAAUCACAGAACAGUUAAACCAUAAACCAUUGUGUUUCUGUCCAUUAGUAAGAAAAGUUUGACUGCAGGGAUACUUUGUUGGAAGGGUUGUAUUAACAGUCAUUUAC